AAAAGUUUGGACAGUGUGAUGCGCGCUCUCGUCGCUCGUGCACACGCGCGCGCGCCCCGCUGAAGUUCCCCCGCGCGCUCCUGUCUCUCUCUCUGAGUUUAUAUACAGUAUUAUAGAUUAAUAUCUGAUCAGUAUUAAAGGAUUUAUCGAUUAUUGAUCAGACAGCGGCUCGCGGAACAUGGAGACCACCCCCAUCCCCGUGCUGACCGUGCAGACCACUCCGUUCGAGGACCAGCGGCCGGGCAGCACCGGGCUGCGGCGGCGGACCGCGGUGUUCGAGACCCAGAAGAACUUCCUCCAGAACUACAUCCAGAGCCUGCUGUCCGCCAUCGACCUGCGGGACCGCCAGGGCUGCACCAUGCUGGUGGGCAGCGACGGCCGCUACUUCAGCCGAACCGCCAUCGAGGUGAUCGUGCAGAUGGCAGCUGCCAACGGGAUCGGACGGCUGGUGAUCGGACACAACGGCAUCCUGUCCACUCCAGCCGUGUCCUGCAUCAUCAGGAAGAUCAAAGCCAUCGGCGGGAUCAUCCUCACCGCCAGUCACAACCCCGGAGGCCCGGGCGGAGACUUCGGGAUCAAAUUUAACAUCGCUAACGGAGGUCCGUCUCCAGAUACAGUGAUGGAGAGGAUCUAUCAGGUGAGCAGGACUCUGGAGGAGUACGCCAUCUGUCCCGACCUGCACAUCGACCUGUCCCGCCUCGGACGCCAGGACUUCGACCUGGAGAACAAGUUCAAGCCUUUCCGGGUGGAGAUCGUGGAUUCGGUGGAGAUCUAUCUGAACAUGCUUCGUGGGAUUUUUGAUUUUGGAGCGAUUAAGAACCUCCUCACGGGUCCAGAUCAGCUGAAGAUCCGAAUCGACGCCAUGAACGGAGUGAUGGGUCCGUACGUGAGGAGGAUCCUGUGUGAUGAACUGGGGGCUCCGGUGAACUCGGCGGUGAACUGUGUUCCUCUGGAGGAUUUCGGGGGGCAGUACCCCAAUCCCAACCCCACCUUCGCCGUCUCGCUGAUGGAGUCCAUGAAGGGUGGAGAAUUCGGGUUCGGCGCCGCGUUCGACGCAGACGGGGACCGCUGUAUGAUUCUGGGUCAGAAUGGAUUCUUCGUGAACCCGUCUGAUUCGCUGGCUGUGAUGGCAGCCAACCUAUCCUGCGUCCCGUACUUCAGACAGGUGGGCAUCAGAGGAUUCGCCCGCAGCAUGCCCACCAGCACCGCCCUGGACAGGGUAGCUAAGGCUAUGAAGGUGGCUCUGUAUGAAACUCCUGCUGGCUGGAGGUUCUUUGGGAAUUUGAUGGAUUCGGGCAGAUGCUCGUUUUGUGGAGAGGAGAGCUUUGGAACAGGAUCAGAUCAUAUCCGGGAGAAGGACGGUCUGUGGGCGGUGCUGGUGUGGCUCUCCAUCAUAGCUGUGAGGAAACAGGGGGUGGAGGAGAUCGUCCGGGACCACUGGGCCAAACUGGGCCGGAACUAUUACUGCAGGUUUGAUUAUGAAGGUGUGGAUCCCAGAGCAGCGUUUUACCUGAUGAGAGAUCUGGAGGGCGUGGUCACAGACAAGGCCUUCGCCAAUCAGAAAUUCGCUGUGGGGAAUAAUGUGUACAGCGUGGAGAAAGCGGACAGCUUCGAGUACAUCGACCCGGUGGACGGCAGCGUUUCACGAAACCAGGGCCUGAGGAUCAUCUUCACCGACUCGUCCCGGAUCAUCUUCAGGCUCAGCGGUUCUGGAGCCGGAGUCGGAUCCACCAUCCGAAUCUACGCCGAGAGCUACGAACGAGACCCUGAGAGACACAGCCGAGAAACACAGGUGGUUCUGGGUCCUCUGAUCGCCAUCGCUCUGAAGAUUUCUGAUAUCCACGAGCGGACGGGUCGCCGGGGCCCAACCGUCAUCACCUGAUCCGGGCACGGCGCCGCGCACCAGGGGCCAAAGCACCAGCCUUUCCUCCAGGAUCUGGUCUCCACAUCCUCUUCCUCACGGUCUUCCUCACACUCUUCCUCACCCCGCCCACCACCUCACCGCCCUGCAGCCGAGCCCGGGUUCCUUCGCUCUGCAGAACCUCACCGGCGUUUUUACACUGUUUAUGUUUUUGCUGCUGUUCCACAAACUAAACUACGUCCCUCUAUAUAAAUAUAUAAAUAUAUAUAUUUCUAUUUCUAAAUCCCAACUUUAUUUCCAUUCACCCCAAAUCAUCUUCCUCUUUCUUUGUUUUAAAGCCUCUGGGAACCAACAUUUUUAUCAUUUACAUUAUUAGUUAUUUCUUUAUUUUGUGAUAUCAAUUUAAUCUGUCUCCACAGCGUAAAUAAGCGCUCCUAGAAUCUUUAGCAUAACCCUGACCAAUCACAGUGCUAACCUGGCUCCGCCCUCUCUUUGAGUCUGAGCAACGUCGUGAGCUAAAGUUAAAGCUAAAGCUAAACCUAGAGUUAUAAAGCUAAACAUUAAGAAUUAAAGUUAAACCUAAAGCUAGAGCUAAACCUAAAUGUUAAACCUGAAUAGCUAAAGCUAGAGAUAAACAAGGCAAGGUAAAUUUAAAGGUAAAGCUAAACCUGGAGUUCUAAAGCUACAACUAAAUCUGGAGAAAGCUGACAUGAUAACACAAACAAAGGUUUUUUUUCGCCUGUCACUAAUGAAUGUUCAUUAGAAUAUGAGGACCACGCACACAUCACUCUCAGAGACCUCUGGUGAAUUUUGGUGAGAGUUUAUUAUGUUAUAUAAACUUUGAUAAACACUUUAUUUAAUACCAAAAAUUAAUAUUAGAAACAAAACAUUUUUUUCCAGGGGCUUUAAAGCUAAACACUGAUGAGUGUAAAUCAGUAAAGAACCUAAAAGGGAGCAGGAGGAAGUGUGUGUAUAUUGUGUGUUUUCUGUGUGUUUUGUUUGUAUAUUGUUUUUUACCCACACUGCAUCAUUAUUACCCGUGGUUUAAUGUGGUUUAAUGUGGUUUAAUGGUCUGUACGUGACCGGAUCAGCUAAAUGUGGUGAUGGUGGAGAUGAGUGUUUACUGCUUUCACUCUCAGACAUUUACAGCUCCAGACUAUUGUUUUACUACAUCAUUUACAUUUUACCACCACAGCAUAUAAACUUUACUGUUCAGAAAUUCCAGAACAUCCGUAAUUUACACAACUAUGAUAAAAUCACCCCUCAGAUCAGCCUGAGGAUGAAUUUAAAUCCUUUCUUCUCUUUUAUUUCUAAUAAAGAAGCAGAAUAUCUGCUGUGCUGCUCCUCAGCUGCAGCUGAAACGCUGUAGAAAAUUCAGAAAUAAUACAAAAUUAUUCAAUAUUAAGUAUUAUAAUAAAUAUUAAGUUCUAUCUUGGGUUCAGACUAAUUUAUACACAGCGUUUAAACAACCUCUCACACAAGAUAACACCUCACAACUUAUACAGGUGUUGGUGUUCCCAAGCCAUACUUUAAGGGAACACGUAAUCACAUUUUUAUUUACAUACAGCUGUCCCAUGACUUUUGGCAUGCUCGUGUAUGAGGUCAGGAUAUGGUUGUGAAUCAGUUUUAAUACAGGUCUGAUGAAAGAUGAAUUCAGGGCCGUCAGUAAAUAAUGAGGGAAUAACUGAUCACAGUAUUAUAAUAAUGCAGGAUGUGAUGCGUAUGAAGCAUGUUAUUGUUGAGAUUAUAUUACGGUUUGUUUUCUGAUACACUGGGUUUGUUUUGAUAAAUCCACUCUCACUUUUUGAAAUGUGAAAUAUUGCAAUAUGAAACUAUAUCUCUCCAAAUAAACACAACUAUUGAUCCAGUUCAGGAGAAUAACGGGAAAGAAGCGUAUUACAGAGAGCAAUGCUAAAUGCUAAUGCUAAUGUAUUUAAUUUUGUAUCCAAUGUUUUACUUUAAUAAACUGUUUUAUUUGUGUGAA